AUGAUGCUUAUUUCUCUUCUUAUCUCGGCCAUCUCUUACGCUAAGAUCUAUUUCCGUCUCCGUCACCAACUGCUUCAUGUACAAGGCCAUGUUCACCAACGACAACAACUUCCUCCCAAUGGCGUAGUACCGACUGCAUUGAAUGUAGCGCGAUACAAGAAAACGGUUUCCUUCAUAGCAUGGGUACAGCUUGGAUUAUUUGCCUGCUACUCUCCUCUUUGUAUUACUUUAGUUUCAUCCCAUUUUGUAGAGUUUUUGGACGAUAAUAUAAUUUACUUUUUCCUUUGUUUACUAUUCUUAAACUCAUCUCUGAACCCCAUUCUUUACUGCUGGAAAAUUAGGGAGGUGAAACAGGCAGUAAAGGACAUAAUUAGACAGUUAAACUGUUGCUGUGAGCUAAAUUGAACCUUUGUGUUAUGAAAAACAAUGUAAAACUCUGUGGGAAAAAAAACGGCUGGACUUAAAUACAAGUUAUAUUCUGACUACUGAAUUGCUACGUGAUCAAGAGAGAAUCUCUGUAUCAAGGUGAUAGUUGUUAUUCCCCUGGUCUACAAAGAGUGGCUCUAUAAGUUGGGUGACAACAUCUUCCUAAAUGAUUUUGAUGUUGUGUUAAGGAAUAUUUGCGGCCACCAUAGGGUGCGACUGAGCCACAGGUUCUCCUACAAUCGACGGGACCAAAAAAGCUAAAACGGAACCUGCACCAACCUGUUUUUUAGUUCAAACAGGUAUAGAUACUGAACACCGCUGUACUCUGUAGUUCACCGGCUACUGAGCAAAGCUGCAAAGCCAACGAGUUUGGGAAAGGAGAACCAGUUGUGGUCUACUACAUGACACUCUAAUCAUAUUUCGUCUUUCCUCCCAGAACAAUUGAAAACUCACCUUCAUCCAACUGGAAACGUAUUAGAGUACAUUGAUACCAGGCAGUUCAAACCUUAUUCACAUAUAAAUAUCACUCGAUAGCGCUGAAACAAUUUGGCAGUGAAGGAAGAACAUUUUAUGAACUAUAAAAUAUAUAUACAAAGAAAGCCUACAUGCACAGCUUUACCUCGGACCCUUUUAAGUAAUGUUUAAAAAACGAGCAGGAGUGGUUUUUGACCCGAUAAAACACGUGCUGCGAGUUUUUUGAACGGCUUCAAAAACAUUCUUGGAAAAGCGUGUGUCAAGAGAGUUCAUAACAAUUAUGCUUUUGUGAACGUUAGAAAUUAGCAUACUUCUGCCAACUGAUCUUGAAUUCGAAGUUUCAGAUGAUGUAUUGUCUAAUAUGCCUUUGCCAGAUUACUGUACUAAUGGAAUAGAGAAUUUUUCCAGAUGUGUAUUUCACAACUGUACUAUUAAUUUGGUGCAAAAGUAAAUUUACUGUGUGAAAUUUGUUGAAAGAACAUUAAAUAUGUUUCCACCAUUUGUUGUGUCAGUUUCUGUGUUGAUAAUUAAUUAAUAUUCAUAAGUCACGUGCAGUGUCUUUAUAUCUGAUAAAACACCGCAUACUAAUAAGGAUGAGGUUUAUUGAUAUUAAGUCACUGCACGUGAUGUAUUAUCUACCAUUUGAUAGGUGAUAAAAUGAGUUUUUGAAAGGUAUAGUAAAUGAAAACUGGGUUGUUUAUUAUAGAUAUUUUUAUUUGACAUUUUUUUUUCUCUUUCGCUUGUGAUGAUCUGGAGGAUUUCUUCCUUUUGACAAAAAUAUUCAAACUUAGAGCAUGUGACAUGAAAAUAAUGUUUAGCGAAGGUUUAUGUAAACUCAAUAAAAGAAUAAAUUUAACAAAUAAUGACACUUCAUCAGCGAUUUUUUCCGUUUUUCUUAGCUAAAAGUUUCCAAACUUCCCUUCUUCAUCGUAAGAUGUUUCUAGGAGAAAAAAGAAACGGCCGUCCGAUUAUUGAUGCCCAUUAAAUUCACCACCGAUCUUUUCGUCUCAUCAAUUAGAAGCUGCACGCUACUUGAACAAGAAAUGAUUGACACAUGUCUAGGCAGAUCGAGCUUGUAUCUCAUGAUAACAUCUCUCAUAAAGAAAAAGCCAUGCUGAAAAUUUCAAAUUAAUGGUCCAAAAGAUAAAAAGUUGUUUACUUGGAAAUGCCGGGUUCUCUGUCGUAGGCGUUUGGUUGCGCUACGUUCUUAAUGUUUCUUGUAUUUAUACUAAUUUUGAUGGACGGGCUGCUGACUUCACUCAGUGUUUUUUUAAGAUAUUUGUCCAUUUAGACUACCAUUUGGUGCGCUGAACGAUAUUGACUGAUUGCUUAGCUUUAUAAAAGCGUGCGCUCUGGCUGGUUGAUACGAUUUAACGAUUUGCCUGUGGGCUGCAUGCUAACGUCAGUUUGAUUUCCUAAACGAAACAAAAGAUGUUGAAAGUCUCAAUGUUAUAAAAGAAAUGGUUAGAGUGCAGCGUGCAACAAGGAGCUGUACACGUCCCAAGGAGGCUCCAUAGGGUUUUUGACCGCGCGAGAUCUGAAUGCAAACAUAGCACGAGCUUUAAACGGUGUCAACAUGCAAAACAAACAUGGCGGCUCGAUGCGAUAGCACGAUUGUUAUCUGAAAAGGUGUACUAAAAACAGUAUAAUACAAUAAAGUCUUUAUGCAAUGAAAUCUAGGGUUUCCAGCAAAAGCACUCGUAAUAUUCUUAGGCCUUCUACGCCUGAAAAGAGGUCAACGGAAAAGAAAACACAGUAGGAAAGAUUGCCAGAAGGCGACAGAUUUAAAAGUCUACGCAUGCCCAGAUACUGAUCUUAGCGAAGCUCUAUACCAUUACGUAAUAUUUUGGACGAAGAAAAUAGGGAUCUUUGGAAUAAGAUUUAUCGCGCUUCCUUGGGUGGAAUUUCCUAAGAUUUUUUGGACCGUUAAACAUAUUCGUGCCCUUCCUAAUGCCUGUUGAUAAAAAAGAGUAAGACCAAAUUUGAGAUAGAGAAAGAAAACACAAAAUUGCAAAUAAGGAGGAAACUACUUUUGUGACCCCUAUUUUUUUCGGCUCAUAAAUGAUCAGCAGGAAAAUCUUCACAAAACUGUGAAAAUUUUGAGAGAUCUCACCGAAGCAAAUUGAAGAAAAUCAAAGGCAAAGCCAAAUUAUAGCUGGCGAGCGCCUCCCUUCGUGGAGCCUCAACUUAAAAACGAAAAUCAUUUUGAUAAUGUUUACUACAGUAAACGAUAGUCCGAACCUGACUCAUUGCCUUUUGAUGGCUUUUAGUGACCUUGAAAAGCGAAAACAUCGAAAUUUUCUAGAAAAACAUAACGCUGACGCGCGCGCCAACAUUGAGCAAAAACCUUAUGAAGCCUCCUUAAACUUCCUUGGAAAAGUGUUGCUCUGAAAGUGUCGAAAAAGAUCGUUAAUGUUUUUUUUUUCGCCACUUUCGUCAUAAAAUAUUUUUUAUAAAUAAUUGCUUACACUGAUAAGCACUGCUUAUAAAGAACAAAUUAAUUUGAAUUGGCAAGAUAUAAAAUGAAGCGGGCGUCAGUUCUAUUUUCUUUUGGGCAACGUUCUAAUUCUUCUUGCUCCGCACGAAAUGACCUCGAUUUAUCCUCUAACGCUAUUUCCGUCAUAAAAUAUUUUUUAUAAAUAAUUGCUUACACUGAGAAGCACCGAUUAUAAAGAACAAAUUAAUUUGAAUCUACAAGAUAUAAAACGAACCGGGCGUCAGUUUUAUUUUCCAAAUGUUCACCAGGUGAAGAAGUUUCAUCAGUUAAACUUACUAAUGAGUCGCAUUAAUUGCCAAAAAAAUUUAUUUGUUAUCUCAAAAAUAAACUAAGCAACCAUUCAAAAUUUUGACUAAUAGCAGAUGUUAAGUAGAGCCAUUUGCAAUUACGCUUAGCCCAUAAGAGCACCUACAGGCGCCAUACAAAUUGACUUAUUUACGACAUUUACGCAACAAACAAACCGAUCAACACGACUAAACUUUACCGAUGGAUUGCAGCUAGCCAAUCACUACCCACUUACGCUACUUGAGUUUCUCAGGCAAAAUAAACCAAUCACUUUACACAAAUUGGACUUAUUACACUGGACUUACAACCAGCAGGAACAUUUACAGUGGUCAACAUCUCCCUUACCGACAAAAAUAUUCUCUGCUGCCGUAAGAGAAAUGCUCAACACAACCGAUGACUAUACAAACUUCUCAUUUGAAGUAGGUCAUCUGUCAGGUGGGAGAUUUGGAAUGUCUAUGGCAUUUACAUUCUUGAACGUUGUUUUGUCUAUGACUGCGUCAUUGGGCAACGUUCUAAUCCUUCUUGCUCUACACAAAGUGACUUCGAUUUAUCCUCCAACGAAACUUUUGUUUCAAUGUUUGGCAGUCACCGAUCUUUUUGUUGGAGUGAUAACACAACCACUGUUUACAGUGACGCUUCUUCGCGAAGAAAUAAUGUACUUCAGCGAAAAACUCUUUGAAAUCACUUAUUUUAUACGAGAAGUAUCUAGUUUUUUUCUUUGUGGAGUCUCCGUCUUGACAUCAACAGCAAUAAGUGUGGACAGCGCUGUCGAUGGGUCUGAGAUACAAACGGGUUGUUACAUUAAGGCGGGUGCAAGCGCUCAUUAUCUUCCUUUGGCUUCUAGUUGGUGCUUUAGUUGGAUUCGGCCUCAUUUUAUUUGUUUUGUUUCUUGGACAGGCUGUUUUGAUUCUUAUUUCUCUUAUUAUCUCGGUCAUUGUUUACGCCAAUAUCUUUUUCCGUCUCCGCCUCAACUGCUUCAUGUACAGGGCCAUGUUCACCACCAACAACUGUCUCCCAACGGUGUUUUACCGACUCAAUUGAAUGUAGUACGAUACAAGAAAACAGUUUCUGCUAUAUGA